AUGGGGAGUGAUAUAUUUAGGUUACCUCCGAAUGAAAUUGUGAAACCAAUAGUUUCUGAUGACGCCACCGACAGUAACGGAAUGCGCGAAAUAACCGUGACCAAACCUGAUGAAAGCAACGGUUUAAUGAGCUGUUUAUUCAUCAUUGUAAAAGAUGAAUCGUCUGACGGAAAUAUCAAUUUCAGCAUGGAGAAUUUGAUUACGGCGCAGAGCUCAACCACAGAAUACAUCGCUGUAGCCUUGCCAGUUUUCAAAUUCACUGGUGAUAAAAAAGUUAUCAAGCUUGGCAAUGAAUCAGAAUCUUCUUGUAACGUCUCUCAAACACUUGAAGCCAUGUACAAUAAAAGAAGGCGGCGGAGAAGUAUCCCAGAAAAUACAUUGCUUACUGGAAAAAAUCGAAAAUUGGACAAAGAAAAAUCUUACAGUGUGUUUGUUGUUUCAACAACGCCUUGUGGGAAUGAUAUUUGCAUCCAAACGAGUAAGCCAACACAGCUAAGCAAUACAAAUGGUUUUCAAUCAUGGAUAAUUGCAGUGAUUGUGGCCGGAGCUUGCUUAUUGAUUGCUGUGGUGAUUGUGAUUGUUGUAAUCAAACGACGCAACACGAAAAGUGGAACAAGCAAAAUUAUUUCAAUGAACGAAGUUACUACAACGAGACCAAGUAACGGUAACGCGGACUCAGCUUCGAAACUUCAAAAUGAAGAACCAGCAACCGGUGGCUAUGCGGAAAUUGCAGUUAGGGCUACAGAAGAAAAUGCCCCAUCAACCUCAAAACUUAAAAACGAAGAAGAAGCAACCGAUGGUUAUACUAAAAUGUCGUUCAAUAGGAUAAAAGAAAAUACCAUAUCAUACCCAAAAUCAAGUUCACAAAUGCAAACGAAAGAGAGCAAGCCUAUCGCGCCUAGCACGCCGGUGAAUGCAGAGGAAGACUCCAGUGCCUACGCGAAUGUGUCGGCAAACCGUCAGGCAUCAAAUUCCUCCGAUACUUCUAUCAGCACUUCUGAUUUGGAAGAGGCUUAUAAUUCAAUGAGAAAAAAAGAAAACUCGCAGUUUUUUGAUCAAUUUCAGAAAAUUCUUCUAGAAUCCACCAAACUGGGAGGGCCUAGAAAAUUUGCUUCUAAUCCAGAUUUGAAGAAAAAAAACAGAUACAGAAAUAUUCUUCCAUUUGACGAAACUCGAGUGAAAAUAUCUCCAGAAGAAUCGGGAUAUAUAAAUGCCUGUUAUAUUGAUGGUCACAACAAGCGACGUAAAUACAUCGCAACGCAGGGACCUCUUGCAACGACUGUUGAUGAUUUUUGGCAGAUGAUAAUCGAACAUAAAUGCUAUUUGAUCGUGAUGUUGACAAAGGAAAUGGAGGCCGGGAAGAAAAAAUGUGAAAAAUAUUGGCCUGAUGAGAACAAAAGUCAGAAGUUUGAUUCCGUGCAAGUGAAAAACGUUCAAGAAGUCAACUACGGCUCGUUUGUGAGGCGAAGUUUUACUGUCAAGUCUCUCAGAGAGGAUCUUGAUGUGAUGAUAAAAGUUUACCAGUACCAAUUCUUGAAAUGGCCUGACCAUGGUGCACCGGCAACCACUUCAGAUUUAUUGCGAAUGCAUAGGGCAGUGAUGAAGAGUUAUGAAGAAAUCGGAAGAGGAUCCCCGAUAGUGGUGCAUUGCAGCGCCGGUGCAGGUCGAACAGGGACGUUGAUUGGUUUUGAUAUUCUGCUUGAUGAAAGCAAGUUUGCAGGAUCUGUUGACGCCUUUGCUUGCGUUCUCAAAAUGAGAAAACAGAGAGUGGAAAUGGUGCAGAAUUCGGAUCAAUACGUUCUCGUUCACAAGCUCGUUCUAGAAGCCAUAUUGCUUGAAGACAGAGAUUUAUCUUCUGAUGAAGCAAAAGCUAAAUUGGAAAAGAUAAAAACGCAUGUGGGCGAAGCUUCAUUGAAGAAAGAAUUUGAAGAUUUAAAUCGAAUUGGACCAAUGAAAGACACAAAAUUGCUCGGGCUCGAUGGAAACAACAAGAAGAUGAACAGAUCAAAGAAAUCUAUUCCAUAUGACUACACACUGGUAAACAUAUUCAAACAAAGAGGCGAAGAUGAUAAACCCUAUAUCAAUGCUUCGUGGGUAGAGAGCUAUGAUGAAUCAAGUCCAAUGAUCGCAUCUCAAGGUUCAACUUCAUCAAACAUUGAUUUAUUCUGGAGAUCGGUUUUAGAUAACAACGUCAAUACAAUCGUUAUGUUGACAAAACUCAAAGAAGAAAAAGAGGAACAAUGUGCUCAGUACUGGCCUACGAAUGUUGGUGAAGUUAUGAAAUGGAAUAACUUAUCUGUGAUCAGAGUCAGUGAUGAAACGGAAGGUUUGAUAACGGAGAGAAAGCUUCGAGUGGACAGAGGGCCUCAAUCGAAAACCGUGACUCAAUUUCAUUACACCGGAUGGAAAUCAACAAGUUGUCCUGAAGAUGGAAGAAAAAUAAUUGACCUUGUUAAUAAGAUGCAGAAAAACAUUCGAUCAACUGGAAAUGGAGUCACUCUUAUACACUGCAGUGACGGUAUCGGCAGGACCGGGGUCUUUUGUGCAGCAGUGAAUCUGAUAGAACGAUUGAAAUGUGAGAAUCGAGUUGAUGUUUUCAGAACUGUAAAAGAUCUCAGAGAUGGAAGACCAAACAUGGUGGAAAAUUUGGAUCAAUACAAGUUCUGCUAUCAAGCUAUUGUGGAAUAUCUGAAAUCAUUCGAUCUUUAUUCCAACUUCUAAAUUUUUGUUACGACAUGAAACUUGAUUUCCUUAUUUUAUGGUAAAUUUUAUCGUUCAUUACAGAUAUAAUUGGCAAUUUUUAUAAUUAUUUAAAAUUGUUCAAGUUUUUCCACCUUUUUUCCUGCUUCCUGAUUAUAACAGAAUGAAAACAGUUAUUUAAUCUUAUUUGUUGUGCCCUUUUCUUCACUUUAUCGUUCAUUUGUAUUAUGUGUGUAAUAUCCGAAUCACGAACGUAUAAAGGAAGACAAAUACCCAGUUUCUUAUAAACUAUAGUCGUAUCGUCCGUUUACAUUAAAGAUAUUUUUCGAACACACUUCUGGUUAUUUUAUAGUUGGAUUAUGAUAUGGUUUUGAAACGUAAAAUAGUUUACUCCAAGUGUUAAAAUUUAAAAACUGUAAAAUACAGGUUAAUCGUUCU